CGAGCCGGAGCUGGAGCCCCUGCGGCUGCGGCGGCUGCAUGGUGACGGCUUCUUCGAGGUUCCGGCGGCUGAUCGGCUGGGGCGGUGCCGCAGCGUGAAGGAGUUUGAGAAGCUGAAUCGGAUCGGAGAGGGCACGUACGGCAUCGUGUGUAAGUGCGGGCCGUGCGGGGCCGGGAGGGACCCGAGUUCAUUGCGCUGCACCCCUGCCCUGGGUGGGGAUGGCACUGCUACCAAAUGCCUUCCUCGAGGUCACGGAGCCCUGUCCAGCCUGGCCUUGGGCACUGCCAGGGGUCCAGGGCCUGCCCAGGCUCCUAGGGAGGGUUCCUUAGGGAUCCCCCGUCCAUCCCUGCCCUCUGCCGGGGGAAGCCUUGCCCCGUGUAGAAUCCCAGCACGGUUUGGGUCGGGAGGUGCCUGAAGCUCACGCAGCUCCCCCUGAGGCUGGGCCGGGGGGCCGAGGCGAGGUCGGGACAAAGGCAGCUGUGAGUCCUGGUGCCAACGUGGGCUGUGCUGUCCCCAGACCGAGCCCGGGACACGGUGACCAACGAGACAGUGGCGCUGAAGAAGGUGCGGAUGGACAAUGAGAAGGAUGGUAAUGGAGGAGUGGGGGGACGGGGGGCUCUGUCCUGGCUCUGGCCCCAGGCCCUUCUGCAGCACUGACAUUCCUCCCCCAGGAAUGCCCAUCAGCAGCCUGCGGGAGAUCACCCUGCUCCUGCAGCUCCAGCACCCCAACAUCGUGGAGCUGAAGGACGUGGUUGUGGGAAACCACCUGGAGAGCAUUUUCCUGGUGAUGGGAUACUGCGAGCAGGACCUGGCCAGUCUCCUGGAGAACAUGCAAACGCCCUUCUCCGAGGCUCAGGUGAAGUGCAUCAUCCUGCAGGUGCUCAAGGGCCUGCAGUACCUCCACGAGAACUACAUCAUCCACAGGGACCUGAAGGUCUCCAACCUGCUGAUGACCGACAAGGGCUGUGUGAAGAUAGCUGAUUUCGGCCUGGCACGCACCUACGGCAUGCCCCCCAAGCCCAUGACCCCCAAAGUGGUGACCCUGUGGUACCGCGCACCGGAGCUGCUGCUGGGCAUGACCACCCAGACCACCAGCAUCAACAUGUGGGCUGCUGGCUGCAUCCUGGCCGAGCUGCUGGCACACAAACCGCUGCUGCCAGGCACCUCUGAGAUCCACCAGAUCGACCUCAUCGUGCAGCUCCUGGGCACACCCAACGACAACAUCUGGCCGGGCUUCUCCAAGCUGCCGCUGGCCACGCAGUACACCCUGCGCAAACAGCCCUACAACAACCUGAAGCACAGGUUUCCCUGGCUCUCGGAGGCUGGGCUGCGACUGCUCAACUUCCUCUUCAUGUAUGACCCCAAGAAAAGGGCCACGGCCAAGGACUGCCUGGAGAGUUCCUACUUCAAAGAGAAGCCCUUGCCCUGUGAGCCAGAGCUGAUGCCCACCUUCCCACACCACCGGAACAAGCGGGCGGCCAGCACGGCGAUGGAGAGCCAGGCCAAGCGCAGCAAGCCCUGAGCUGUGCCCUGGAGCAGCCCUGAUGUGUCCUGGCUGAGGUGGAUUCCCUCAGCCCACCAGUCCCAGCGCCACGGGGACGGCUCCUCCAUCCCUGUGCCUGCGUGGCACGGGGCAGGCUGCAGGCUGUGGCUGGGCGAGGGUGGCCCCAGAGCCAGGAGAGAGGAGAGAUGGGGCCCAGGAUGCCCAGGCGUGGCAGGGUCAGUCCUGUCCCAGGCGGGUCCUGGUUUGUGCUGUCUGUGGGGGCAACCCCGACUCUGCCAUCAAUAAAAACAUCUGGCAGUGGCAACAUUGUGCUGAGUGACCUCAUUCUUUGGUGCCAACAGGAGUGGGACAAGCUGUGACUCUGCUGUCCUUCCUCUGUGUCACCCUGGGGACAAGGACACCUCCAUGACAGCUGAGGUUCUACCCUGUAGCCAUGAUAUUUUAUGAAAAAUCCUUUCCUAGGAUUUUUCCCGUCCUGAGGAGCUGAGAGUCUCAGGGAAGAAAUGUAAACAAUAACUGUGUGCUGCUGUGGAAUGCAACAGGUGCAUCUUCCA